GUUGCCUCUUUCUUUCCCUGCCACCCAUCUAAAGCCCUUGCAAAAUCGCCCUUACAAAAUCUUCCACUAACAAGGGAUCACGUAACACCCAAAUGCUCCAAACCUCAAAUCUGCGCCUCCUCUUCUCUCCUCUAAAGCCCUUUCUGCCUUUCUCUUUCUCUAAACCCAAGCCUUACUCUCUCUUCACCAUCUUCUCUUCUUCUUCUUCUUCUUCUAGACGACACCCUACCACGCCUAGCCACCAGUCUCGUAAUUUUAGAAGCAGAAGUAAUAGUACUUUUAGUAGAGAGACUAAUAGCAAGAGUAGAGAAAGGGACAAAGGUCUUCCAAUGGAAGAGAGUGGUAAUGAAACUUUUGGGUUUAAUAAAAGAAAGGCUGAGGGCAGAGAUAAAAGUGAUAAGCCCAAAAGGAAUCUCCAGUUGAAAGUUCGGAAGCUUAAUCCUACCAAUACAAUCUCUUACUUGCAGAUUCUGGGGACUGGAAUGGAUACUCAGGAUACUUCACCUUCAAUCUUGUUCUUCUUUGACAAGCAAAGAUUCAUUUUUAAUGCUGGUGAGGGAUUGCAGCGAUUCUGCACAGAGCAUAAGAUUAAGCUAUCAAAGAUAGGUCAUGUAUUUCUCUCUCGAGUGUGCUCAGAGACAGCUGGUGGCAUUCCAGGUUUGUUGUUGACUUUGGCUGGCAUGGGGGAAGAAGGAAUGUCAGUCAACGUAUGGGGCCCUUCAGAUCUUCAGUAUUUGGUUGAUGCAAUGAAAUCUUUCAUUCCUCAUGCUGCCAUGGUUCAUACAACCAGUUUUGGUUCUGAUGCCACUGCUCAGCUUGGUGCAAGUAACUUCACAGAUCCAAUUAACCUUGUUGACAAUGAGGUUGUCAAAAUAUCAGCCAUUCUCCUACGACCAAGCUGCUCAGAAGGAUCUGCAGGAAAGCCUGGUGAUAUGUCUGUGAUAUAUCUUUGUGAAUUGCCUGAUAUUGUGGGGAAGUUUGACCCUGAAAAAGCAAAAGCUCUUGGUCUGAAACCUGGGCCAAAAUAUGGUGAACUGCAAUCAGGGAAAUCGGUGAAGUCAGAUCACCAGAAUAUUGUGGUUCAUCCAAGUGAUGUAAUGGGUCCAUCAAUUCCUGGUCCGAUUGUAUUUCUUGUUGACUGCCCAACAGAAUCUCACAUGCAGGAAUUAUUGUCGAUACAAUCCCUUCAUAGUUACUAUGCAGAUUACUUGGUUAGCUCACCAGAGAAUGUGAAAACGGUGACUUGUAUCAUUCAUUUAAGUCCUCCUUCUGUAAUAAGCAGUCCCAAUUACCAGAACUGGAUGAAGAAUUUUGGUUCAGCCCAGCACAUUAUGGCUAGACAUGAAAUGAAGAAUGUGGAAAUUCCCAUUCUUAAAUCCAGUGCCAGAAUUGCUGCAAGGCUUAAUUACCUAUGCCCUCAGUUCUUUCCAGCUCCAGGUUUUUGGUCACUUAAGCAGGUUAACAGCUCAAAAGUAGACUCCAGUUUUUCAGGCAAGGAUUGUGUCUCAAAGUUUCCUGAAAGCAUAUCAGCUGAAAAUCUUCUUAAGUUCACUUUACGUCCUCAUGCUCAUCUUGGAUUGGAUAAAUCCAGUAUUCCAAGUUUGAUGGCUCCCUCAGCAGUCAUUCAAGAGUUAGUGACAGAGAUUCCAGAAAUUGUUGGUGCUGCCCAACAUGUUCGUCAGUUGUUGCUUGGAUCAGCAGAAACGAAAGGAGACAUGACCCUUGUGCAAGACAAAUAUGCUGUUCCUAGUUGUUUGGAAGACAUAAGGAGAGAUGACCUGGAGAUUGUGCUUCUGGGGACUGGUUCAUCCCAACCUUCUAAGUACCGAAAUGUUAGUUCUGUCUAUAUUAAUCUCUUCUCUAAAGGAGGUUUGCUCCUAGACUGUGGGGAAGGAACACUUGGACAACUGAAAAGAAGGUUUGGUGUGGAGGGUGCUGAUUUGGUUGUAAGAAAUCUGAAGUGUAUUUGGAUUUCUCAUAUUCAUGCUGAUCACCAUACAGGAUUAGCGAGGAUACUUGCUCUGCGACGUGAUUUGUUGAAGGGCGUGGCCCAUGAGCCAUUAGCUGUUAUUGGGCCAAGGCAGCUUAAGAGAUUUCUAGAUGCAUAUCAAAGACUGGAGGACCUAGAUAUGCAGUUCCUUGAUUGUAGGAGUACUUCUCUAGCUUCCUGGGAAGCUUCUGAGGGAAAUAGUGAGUAUAAGCAUCACUCAGCUUCAGGAAGUCCAAAUAAUCUUGAGGAUGUAAACAAACCUGCAAUGAAUACUGAGUCAACUCUGUUUGCCAGAGGUAGCCGUAUGCAGAGCUAUUGGAAGAGACCAGGCAAUCCAGUUGACAAUGCCAUGAAUUUUGCAGUUCUUAAGGGUUUGAAGAAAGUGCUUAAUGAAGCAGGAUUGGAGGCAUUGAUUAGUUUCCCUGUUGUGCAUUGUCCUCAGGCAUUUGGCAUUGUGCUAAAGGCAGCAGAAAGAAUCAAUUCUGUUGGAAAAAUGAUACCAGGGUGGAAGAUUGGGUACUCGGGUGACACUAGGCCCUGUCCAGAACUGGUAGAAGCAUCUCGUGGAGCAACAGUCCUUAUACACGAGGCGACUUUUGAGGAUGACUUGGUAGAAGAAGCUGUAGCUAGAAACCACAGCACAACAAAGGAAGCCAUAGAAGUAGGAGACUCUGCUGGUGUAUAUCGUAUCAUCCUGACCCACUUCAGCCAGAGAUACCCAAAAAUACCUGUUUUUGAUGAGACACACAUGCACAAAACCUGCAUUGCAUUUGAUAUGAUGAGUAUUAACAUAGCAGAUUUGCCUGUGCUUCCUGAAGUACUUCCAUACCUUAAAUUGCUUUUCAAAAAUGAGAUGAUAGUUGAUGAAUUAGAUGAUGUUGCAGAUACUGUGAGUGAAGUUUCUUGAUUAAUUUAUUGGAUAUAUUCAUAUUUGGCCA